AGGAGGCGGCGCCGCAGGUCGGUUUGCGACGCCCUGGGAGGGAAGAGCAGGAGGAAGCCGGGAGCGCGCAGAAUGGAAACAGACUGUAAUCCCAUGGAGCUAAGCGGUAUGUCAGGAUUUGAAGAAGAUGCUGAGCUCAAUGGUUAUGAAGGAACUGACAUGAAAGACAUGAAGCUAGAAGCAGAAGCAGUUGUAAAUGAUGUUCUCUUUGCUGUUAACAACAUGUUUGUCUCGAAAACCCUGCGCUGUGCAGACGACGUGGCCUACAUCAACGUGGAGACCAGAGAAAGGAACAGAUACUGCCUGGAGCUCACUGAAGCAGGGCUCAGGGUGGUAGGUUAUGCUUUUGACCAGGUGGAUGAUCAUUUACAGACUCCCUACCAUGAAACAGUCUACUCCCUGUUGGAUACGAUCAGCCCUGCCUACCGGGAAGCCUUUGGAAACGCACUCCUUCAAAGACUGGAAGCUUUGAAAAGGGAUGGACAGUCAUGACUAAGCUUUUUCCUUAGAGGAUGCGGCUGCUGGUACAGAAUGUUGACAUAAAGCUUGAAAUUCUUGCGUAUGGUCAUAGUAGAAAAUGCAUCUUUGGUUUUAUGUCUUUAUCAUUUCUUGCUUCAAAUUUAGGCUUUUGACUCAGAACAUUACUGACUAAUGAAUUGCCUUUCUUAGUUUCUGAUUCAUUAAGAAAAUCCUGAAGCCAUUGCUGGGAUACCAUCUUAGGACAUUCAGAUUUCUUCAUAUAGUAUCUUUGCAUUUCAAAACCAAAUCGGUAUUUCCUUGUGUCAUUACAGGGCUUUGAUGCUGCCAGCACUCUCUAUUACAUAGAAAAUUCUGGAUUUGCACAGUAAUUAGGAGUUAAAAUCACCUAACUGCAGACUUUGAUUCAGCUUGGACUGACUUUGCAGUAAACAUUUUGGUACUAGCCUUACUGGAAACAAAUAAUUAACGACUAGUCUCCCUGGCACAAAUUUUGAAAUUCACUACUUCAGUUAAUCUAUUUAUAUUAUUAAUAUGGACUGAUAAAGAUGAAUUAAUUACAUAUUACUUAGCUAGUAUUAAAUGAAAAACAGGGACUGAAAUAGUUCUGCAGGUAUUCCUUGUUUGCAACAGCCAGCCAACUAAGAGGACAAACCGUUAGCAAAUGAAUGUAAUAAUUACUUGUUUCCGAGGUAUUUAAGCACAUAAGCAAAUACAGGAAUAGGCUCCAUUCUUUUUCUUAACAAAAAGCAUCUUCAGUGUGUGGGAUUUAAAUGAAAGAAGACUCUGAUUUCCUAAAAAACAAUAUUUUGGCCUGUGUUGAUUCUUAUUAUGAAUGUUUGUUUACAUGAUGUACAGUAUAUAUUCAGAAAGUAUUUUUGCUUCAGCGUUUACUUUCUACAGUGUAGUGCUUUCGUACUCCCACAGCUCCCCUCUUCCCCUAACAGAUGUACAGUGUUCCGUCUCACUGCUAAAUCUACAAUGUAAUAUGAGUGCACUGUAUGGGUUUGAAACCAAAGGAUGAAUGAAGCAUUCAGAGACUUAAUAUUUGAAAAAGGGAGAAUCUGCAUUUUAUAUUUUAUUACAGGUACUAAUAUUUAUAAACUUAAUAAAGUAUAUUAUGCUGCUACA